GUCAAUGUCAGUCAACGUCAAACUUGGUUAAAGCGGCGUUUUAUUUUGCAAUACAUCGCUUUAAAAAGUUCUAAAUAUUUAAAGAAAAUGAAGGAAAAUAACGGUGAAAUAGACACAAGAAAUGUGGUUAAAAAUAGAGAACUGCUGUAUCGAAUGAUAAUAAGCCAGUUGUAUUCUGAUGGAUUCCAAGCUAUAGCAGCGAACCUCUCAGCAGCCGUACAUGUUGAUUCUCCAUGUCCACCAAGUGAUAGGCUUUUAAAUGUAAUGAUGGUGGGUCUCCAACAUGAGCCUGAUAGGAAGGAUAGACUGGCAGCUUCUAGUGGAGCAGAGCAUCUUCUCGGCACAACUGGCUUUGAUUUGGAAUAUGAAAUGGACGCAUCAUCUCUGGCGCCAGAGCCAGCGACGUAUGAGACAGCGUACGUGACGUCACACAAGAUGGCGUGCCGCGCUGGUGCGUUCAGCGCUUGUGGACAGCUAGUCGCUACCGGUAGUGUGGAUGCUAGUAUUAAGAUUCUGGAUGUGGAAAGGAUGUUGGCUAAGUCCGCUCCCGAGGAAGUGGAUCCUGGCCGAGAGCAACAAGGACAUCCGGUCAUCAGAACACUUUAUGAUCACACAGAUGAAAUCACAGCUCUGGAUUUCCAUCCUCGGGAACAGAUCCUGGUGUCAGCUUCCAGGGAUUGCUGCAUUAAACUCUUUGAUAUUACAAAGGCAUCAGCUAAGAAAGCUUAUAAAUCUAUCACGGAUGCGGAGCAGGUGCUAUGCGUGUCAUUCCAUCCUCUAGGUGAUCAUAUCAUAGCGUCGACAACUCACCCGGUGAUACGUCUGUAUGACGUCACAACCAGCCAAUGCUUCGUCUGCCCUAUACCCUCGCAUCAUCAUAAGAAGCAGGUGAAUUCUAUCAAGUUUUCUCCCAACGGCAAAUACUUCGCCAGCGGCAGCGCUGACGGAACAGUGAAGCUGUGGGACACCGUCUCUAACAGGUGCUUCAACACAUUCCUUGCGGCGCACGACGGCUCUGAGGUCUGCUCCGUCGCGUUCACCAGGAACAGCAAGUAUCUGCUGACGGCUGGUCUAGACUCCUCCAUCAAGCUGUGGGAGCUGGCCAGCAGCAGGUGUCUCAUACAAUACACCGGGGCCGGCACCACCGGUAAACAGGAACAUCACGCACAAGCAAUAUUGAACCACACAGAAGACUACGUAAUGUUUCCUGACGAGGCGACCACCUCACUCUGCACAUGGCACUCGCGCUCAGCCAACAGGUGUAACCUUAUGUCACUCGGACAUAAUGGUGCUGUCAGGUAUAUAGUACAUUCUGGAACUGCGCCUGCGUUCCUAACUUGCAGUGAUGACUACAGGGCAAGAUUUUGGUACAGAAGAAAUACGCAUUAAUUUCUAUUAGAAAUAAAAAUAAAAAUAAUAAACUUAUUUUUGUCGAAAUAAAGAUUUGAAUUAU